GGGCACGCCCCCUCGCCGCGGCCCCCUCUCCGCCUCGCUCCGCCGCCGCUCUCGCUCCCGGGUCAGACGGGCCGGAGCGAGAAGAUGGCGAAGACGUACGAUUAUCUGUUCAAGCUGCUGCUGAUCGGCGACUCGGGGGUGGGCAAGACCUGCCUCCUUUUCCGCUUUUCGGAGGACGCCUUUAACACCACCUUCAUCUCCACCAUCGGAAUUGAUUUUAAAAUCAGAACGAUAGAACUUGAUGGAAAGAAAAUUAAGCUUCAGAUAUGGGACACAGCAGGCCAGGAAAGAUUUCGAACCAUCACGACAGCAUACUACAGAGGAGCCAUGGGAAUCAUGCUGGUCUAUGACAUCACAAAUGAAAAGUCCUUCGACAAUAUUAAAAAUUGGAUAAGAAACAUUGAAGAGCAUGCCUCUUUAGACGUGGAAAGAAUGAUCCUGGGUAACAAAUGCGAUAUGAAUGACAAAAGACAAGUGUCAAAAGAAAGAGGGGAGAAGUUAGCAAUUGACUAUGGGAUUAAAUUCUUGGAGACAAGUGCAAAAUCCAGUACAAAUGUAGAAGAGGCAUUUUUUACACUUGCACGAGAUAUAAUGACAAAACUCAACAGAAAAAUGAACGACAGCAAUUCAUCGGGAGCAGGUGGACCAGUGAAAAUAACAGAAAACCGAUCAAAGAAGACCAGUUUCUUCCGGUGUUCGCUACUUUGAUGAACUUCUUUCUGAGAGACUGCAGCACACCCAGAGGACCCUUUCCUGCUUCUCUGAAAGCACAGGUCACCCAGCCUCAGAACCACACCGCCAGGCUGCUACUGAGAGCACCACCGAGCCUAGACCUCUGGACACAGAACACCUAGUGGAUUCCAGCCACAGCCUAGCGAGAUACAGGCUCCUUUUUUCAAACACGGAAGCAAUGAGAUGGAGACACAUGCAAGACUUGUUUUUUUCUUUGUUUUGUUGCCUUUUGCAGAAGCUGCUCUUUUCUUUUUCACUUUGCACAUCAGUGUUAGCCUUUCCCUGUUAUAGCACAGUCUUAGACUCUCACACACACCCUUGUCUCACCAGGUUCUAGACAAAUGUGUGCUUUGGGGAGGUUUAAAACAAGAGUAGAACAUUUAAAGCAGAGGUCAAUAGAACUAAAGUUAAAGGACAUUUGGGCUGAUGUUCAUAUGGCCAGAUGUUAUUGCAUUCAUGGCAUUUAUUUUGUUUGUUUCUUAUUGGUUAGCACUUUGCUUCAUUCUUGACUUUUUAGCCAGUCUGGGUAGCUGAAGGAAGUCACUUUUCAGUUGAUUCCCUCUGCCUAACCUAUAAAAACUGCAUUUGGAAAUGACCUUAAUCUCCUUUUUUCUGGGGUUCAUAAUUGCUGUCUCUUCUUAUGUUUGACCUAUUGUAAUCAGUCAGUCAUCUAAAACGUAACAUAUUUUACCAUUGUUGUCUGUUUCUAGUUGUGAAUUCUUGAGCUGAAAUUUUACAUGGACAGAGAAAUGUACCAUUUAGGGUUUUAUUUCAAUGUCUAAUUGUGGUUCCAUCACGUUAGCAUACAUAAUAUAUUUUGUCUUAGGUUUACUCCCCAGAUUGCUGAUUUCGUUUUAAUACCCAAUUCCUACCACGAUCCCUGUGUACAAGAGUUAUUUUAAAUUUUAGUUCACAGAAAGCUUACCUAAAGGAAGAGAUAUGACUUGUUAACAUAAAUUUAGAAGAAAUAGCUCUUGGUAAUGGUGAAAAUAAUUAUUUUUGUUCUGUUUUUUACUUGGGUUUUUAAACAAAAUAAGGAUAAUAAACUUAGUGUGGCCUCUAGGAAAAGUCUUGCUAUCUCAUUAGAGAAAAUAUGAGCAAGGUUUCCGUUUUCAAACAGCUACUGUUGAAUGGGUAGAACCCAGUUCCAUCUGUUCAGGUUUGUUGUUUGAGAACUUUGUCCAGUCACCUGGGCCGAAGCCAACCAAAAGCUUUGUCUUUCUCACCAACCCCUGGAACUGGGGUACCUUUUGUUGAUGAAACCAUCACAUAGGAAAAGAAAGGGAUUUAGUGUUAACUAUGUGCCAAAUUAAGGUCAUUAUGUCAUUGCUGUUAUCCUAGCCUUCAGGGUCAUAACACGGAGGGGAGUAACAAAGAGGUGAUGAAGGAAUUGAAUUCUGUUGAGGAGUAUUCUUCCUCCUAGGCCUGUUUUGUUUCACAGAGUUUACCAUCAUGCUUGAAAUUAAGAAUUGGAAGUGGAAGUGGAAACAGAUUGCUUGUUACCACAGAGAACUCUGCUUCAAAUUAAGAUGUAUCACAGAAUGCUCGAGCCAUUCAGACUUUUUGAAAACUUAUGCACAAUUUUGCUACAGCAAAUAUAAAUAUUCCAGAGCUAUUUUUGAAUGGGACACUAAACACUGUUAACAAAUUUUUUAAAAACUUACCUAUAGGCUUAACGGCAUCUGCUGGUGUCUGAGGAUAAUCAAGCGGUUCCUUGCUUGAAAGUCUAUUAUAAGUCUACCAUCUUAAAAUUAGAUACAUCUUUGGAAAGAAAAACAAUUUCUUAGGAACAUCUUGUAUUUUCUGAAAAAUAUUCCAAGCAGUUAAGCUUUCUGGAGGGUAACAAAGUCGUUCCUAAAAGGCAAGUGCUAUGACACCAUGUAUGAAUGUAAUUCUCUCAGUAAUUUACCUCUGACUAUUUGGUGUCUUAACACUUUGGUUUAUAUCUCAGGGGUUAUCUGCAAACCAAAACUGACAUAUCCUAUGGUUAGCUUUUUUUUUUAGCAGAAUGCUUUGCUUUUGUUUUAUUCUUUCUCUCUUCUUUUGUCUUAUAUGGAUUAAUAACUAGUCUCCAUGAAAUUCCUUUGAAAGAGCCGUGAAAACUAGAUGAGUCUAAAGGUGCUCUUUGAAGUAGCAGCAAUUUGAGGUAUAUGCUCUGUUGUAUAUAAAUAAAUCGUCCUUGCUAUUUUCUUACAUUUAGUCUUGCUAAAUUGUAUAUAAUUUGAGCUAAGACCAUAGGAAAUUCACCUUCUGCAUGGUAAAAUGACCCAAUAAAUAUCCCAGUUUGCUUAAUAAUGUACAUAUAGUGCAUUAUUUUUUCUAUUUGUAGAUGAAUUUAGUGAGAGAUAAUUGUCUGUUCCCUGCUGAAACUGAAGAAAUCUAGUUUGAACAUUUCUGUGGUCUGUGGAUCAGGUACAUGAAAACUGUGCAGCAGUACCAGUGGCAUUCAGUGGCUGCACUUUAUUAUCAGUGUGCUCAUUCCUGCCAAUGAUGGACUAGACCUUUUCAAAUAGCGUCUGAGGGUAUCAGACAAUGAAAAUGUGCUGUAACUAAGUAGCUUGUAAAUCAGUUGAUUGUAAAACGUUUCACUGGGAACUUAUUUUAGCUCUAUUUUACUUCAGACAGAUUCUAAGAAAAUAACCCACCUGUGCAUCAGUGAGGAGGUGCAGCAGGGUUUCUUACUAUUUACAUGAACAUUUUGUGCAGUCUUUGUUAUAAAUUUUCAGAAGACUAUACUCUUUACUUUGAAGGACUAUUUUUUAUUAUACCUCAUUAGCUUACUAGUGUUCAAAUACCUGGUAGAAAAGCAGUAAGCCAGCCUUUAUGCAUCCAACACGAUUUAGAUGAUAUGUUUUGUUUUGAACUACAGGCAUCAUUGGGAAAGGUCGGAGGUAGUUUAGAAUAGAACAUACAUGUCAUAUCCACUAGUGCAAAAAAGAAGUAUUAUCUCCCUAUCUCCAUUAAUAAAUUUAGCUGUGCAAUAUAGAUAAAUGUUUGCAGAAAUUUCUAAUAAGAGAUUAUAACUCCGUUUUACAGGUUCUAAUGCUGGGAAUCUGUAUUAAGGCUUAUAUAAAGUUUUUCCUGUGAACAGUAAGUGAUACAUAUAAGCAGACUUUCUUUUCUAGUUUGACUUAGAUUUCUCUAUAAAUUUAGUUCUUAAUCUUUAAAGAUGAGCUUCUAAGCUUAAAAUUUUAAAACAGCACUUCAUUAUGUUGGUGUAAUUGUGUCAGAUUGUAAGCAGUCAUUUCUUCUGUCAGGUUUUAUAAUUUUCCUUUUAACAGAAAGUACAUUCCAUUUUCCUUCUUAUAGCUAAAGAAGGGAGAAAGGAAUGUCUAAAAACGAAAUUCCUUGUCCUAGAGAAACCUAGAGAGACAGGAAAUGCUAAUAAAAUUUCAAAUGCUAGCACAAUUUUACAAUAGAAUUGGUCUUUUUAAAAAGAUUAAUAAAAUGAAUGGUUGUCAUGCUCACUAUGAAAAAUAAAUCUAAGUGACUGAAAUUUACAGAAAUAAAAAUUAGCAAACAAUUAUUUUAGGGAUAUUUUCAAAUUUUACUUCAUUUUUUGAAAUAACUUAUAUGUAAUUGCAUUUCGUAUUGCCAACAACUAAUAGAACUUUUUUCAUUUUCUUACAUUUUUAAAAAAUGUGAACUUAUUAGAAUUCAUUCCUAUGGCCUUACAGAUGGGUUUUUAUUUUGUUUGCAGCAGUUCCUUUAAUUCAAAAUAUCAUAACUCUUUGACUAAAAUCAUGCCCCAAAUGAAAAAUACCUAAUUUUUCCAUAGAAUUUCCCACUGCAUAUGUUUUGGUGAUUUUAUUUUUGUUCCAACGGCUUAAUGUGAAAAGCUCAUGCAGAUAAAGUGGGCCUGUCAUGUGGUUAGUCUUGUUUAAGCCAAUUCAUUAACUGUGUACUGAUAUUAUUGCUGUGUUUUUGUUGUUUUUUAAGUGGAUUUUACUCCAGGUGAACUUUUUUUUUUAUAAUAAUGUUCGUCUAAAAUAAAAACUACAUUCUGAAAAUA